AGGUGUUCAAAGUGCCGUUGAUUUAAAUAAACCAAUUGAUAAGCGAGUAUACAAAGGUACUUAUCCUACAUCGCAUGAUUUCAAUCAGGAAACCGCCACCACAACUUCAUGCAGCUUGAUAAUCGGUUUCUCUGCUGGACAAAUUCAGCUUAUUGAUCCGCUUCGAAACGACUUGCAAAUCAGUCGACUGUACAAUGAAGAUAGAUUAAUUGACAAAACUGCAGUAACUUGCUUAAAGUGGAUCCCAGGUCAGCAGCAGUGUUUUCUGGCAUCUCAUACCAGUGGUAAUGCAUACCUGUACAACGAGAAUUUACCUUGCAAUCAGUCACCUCCUGUUUAUCAAAUUUUCAAGCAGGGAGACGGAUAUACAAUUUAUACAUGUAAAACCAAAACGUCAAGGAAUCCAGUUUAUCGCUGGGCCGUUGGAAACGGCACGCUUCAUGAAUUUGCAUUCUCUCCCAAUGAUGAUACGAAACUGCUUGCAACAGUCAGUCAGGAUGGUUUUUUGCGAAUUUUCAAUUAUCAUGCAAUGGAAUUGCUGGCUUAUAUGAAAUCCUAUUUCGGUGGAUUACUUUGUCUAGCAUGGAGCCCUGAUGCACGGUACAUUGUUACUGGCGGUGAAGAUGAUCUAAUAACUGUUUAUUCGGUUAUAGAGAAGCGAGUCGUUUGUCGUGGACAAGGUCACAGAAGUUGGAUUUCUAAAGUAGCCUUUGAUCCAUAUGCUUCAUGUGCAACAGAUACUGUCGGUCACUCGAAUAUUCCAGUCGAUCUUGGUUCUGAAGAAGAUCUGCAACCAUCAAGUUUAAAUAGUAACGAUGCGCUAUUUAAAAGUCCAACUGCACAAUCAUUCAAUCGUAUAUUUAUCAAUAACGUGCAGUUCAACGGGCCAUCGUCUCUUGGUGAUCUGCAGUCUACUUCGGCGUCUAUCCCAUUAUCUUCGUUAAAAAAUUCCACUGGUAAUUCAACGCCCAGUGUUCGAGGUGGAAUGCAGUCAAAUGUUCAAACGCGAGCGCGGAAAGAUUCUCUUUCCGUAUUAUCUGUUACCGGUAGCGCUUAUACCAAUAUGGGUGUUACUUACAGAAUUGGUUCGGUGGGCCAUGAUACGCAGCUGUGUUUAUGGGAUUUAACAGAGAAUGUGUUGAGGCAAACAGCGCCUAAUCAUCAUGCAUCAACUGUUAUUUCGAUCGGAACUGACCAGAAUAUGGUGAUGUGUGCAACUUUGGAAUCGUCAAAACUUAAUACUGUUGACGUUCGAGAGCGAUCACAUGGCAAAGAGAAAAAACACAAACGCGGUUUUAGUUUCUCUGCGAAGUUAACUGGUAGUUCACAUGAUAGGUGGAACAGAAAUCAUUCAGCUACUACAGCGAACGAAAAAGGUAAAGAAAAUUCCGCAAAAUUCUUGGGUACACCGGUGUGCCCACGAAUGGAAGAAAUUGCGAUAAUCGAACCACUGGUAUGCAAGAAAAUCGCUCAUGAACGCUUAACGGGAUUGAUAUUUCGUGAGGAUUGCGUGGUAACUGCAUGUCAAGAAGGUUUCAUAUUAACUUGGGCUCGACCUGGCAAGGCGGUGAUACAACGACACUCGAUGAAUUCACCGGUCCCAGUAAAUCUCAGCGGAACUGUAGUUUGA